AUGUUCAUGGAGAGGUCACAGAGCCGGAUUAGCCUGUCUGCAUCAUUUGAGGCUCUGGCCAUCUACUUCCCCUGUAUGAACUCAUUUGAUGAAGAAGAUGGGGAAGAGGGACGCAAGCUUAAAGGUGCUAUCCAGCGCAGUACAGAGACUGGACUUGCGGUUGAGAUGCCAAGUCGAACUGUACGUCAAGCAAGCCAUGAAUCUAUAGAAGACAGUAUGAAUAGCUAUGGAUCUGAGGGAAACUUAAACUACAGUGGAAUGUGCCUAGCAUCCAGUGGCCAAUUCAGUGACUUCCUCUCUGGAAUGGGUCCAGCACAAUUUGUCGGCCGUCAAACUCUGGCAACUACAUCACUUGGAGAUGUUGAAGUUGGAUUAUUGGAUAGAAAUGGUCAACUAGAAGUGGAGAUUAUCCAAGCUCGAGGUUUAACAUCAAAGGCAGGUUCCAAAACACCACCAGCUGCUUAUAUAAAGGUUUACCUAUUAGAAAAUGGAGUAUGUAUCGCAAAGAAAAAGACGAAAAUUGCUCGAAAAUCAUUAGAUCCAUUAUACAAUCAGGUGCUUGUGUUUUCUGAAAAUCCACAAGGAAAAGUAUUGCAGGUGAUGGUGUGGGGAAACUAUGGAAGGAUGGAACGGAAACAUUUUAUGGGCGUUGCAAGGAUACUUCUAGAAGAACUGGAUCUAUCAAGCAUGGUAAUUGGCUGGUAUAAGCUUUUUCCAACAUCUUCAAUGGUAGACCCAUCAGCAGCUCCUCUUCUGCGCCAAUCUUCACAGCUUUCUCUUGAAAGCACUGUGGGUCCAUGCUGUGAGAGAUCCUAAUAAUAAAGGAAGUGACUCUGUCUUUUUAUAACUUGCCAUCAAGGUUUUGUUUGGAUCUCUGACCUCGAACAUACUGCAUGUUUGACCAGACCCUUCUGGAAGAUGAUCGUAACCAAACAACCUUAUUCAUGAUGAAAGUGUGAUGUACUACUAUACUGUAUGAAUCAAACAUUGGGCUAAAGCCCAGAGUGUGAAAGUCAUACAAAUACCUCUAUUCUCACUUUGAUUGAUGUCUUCUACAAACCUA